AUGGAGACUCAGGUCCACACUGAGGAAGAGGAGGGUCAGGAGGGCCGAGGAAGAGGAGGUUCAGGAGGGCCGAGGAAGAGGAGGGUCAGGAGGACUGAGGAAGAGGAGGAGGGACCACGACCCGGACCUCAGCCUCCAGAGGGACUUGAGCCUGGACCGAACUCCCCUCCAGAGGGACUACGACCCGGACCUGAGCCUGGACCUCAACUUUCAGAGGGACCACGAUCCGGACCCCAGCCUCCAGAGGAACCUGAGUCCGGACCUCAGCCUCCAGAGGGACCACGAUCCGGACCCCAGCCUCUAGAGGAACCUGAGUCCGGACCUAAGCCUCCAGAGGAACCUGAGUCCGGACCUAAGCCUCCAGAGGAACCUGAGUCCGGACCUAAGCCUCCAGAGGAACCUGAGUCCGGACCUAAGCCCCCAGAGGAACCUGAGUCCGGACCUAAGCCUCCAGAGGAACCUGAGUCCGGACCUAAGCCUCCAGAGGAACCUGAGUCCGGACCUAAGCCUCCAGAGGAACCUGAGUCCGGACCUCAGCCUCCAGAAGGACCUGAGCCGCAGCGCAGGAGACUGUUUCCUGACUCAUCGUUUGGAUUUAAGCAUCUGCUCCGUGCGCAGUUUGGAGCCGAGACGCACGGACCUGGGUUAGGAUCUGAUCCAGGAAACUACAUGUCCCUGACGGCGCCCACAGCUGACUGCGAACACGACACAGCCGAAGACGAUGAUGUCAUGACUGUUAAAGACGAGGUCAUCAGACUCAGCAGUGACUAUGAUGUCAUCACCCACCUGGCCGAAACAUGUUUUGGCUUUGACCUCCCUCUCAGCCAAUCAGCUCUCAGAGACCUCCCUGAUUGGCUGAGAGAGAGGUCCUCUGAGAGCUGA